AUGGCGGAGACCUUCACAACGAUGAUGGCAGCUAUCGCAUGCCAAGUUCUUCUUUCUCCCAUUCAUGAACCAUCCACUCUAAAAGUUAUCUCUGUAUAUUUCUUAUCGAAUUGUGUUAUUUUCUUAUACCUUACUUUUACAAGCACCGGGAUCUUUCAAGUCAUCAUUCAUCUUUUCACUUUGAACAUAACCUUUCUCCUUACUGCGAUUAUUCUCACUGCAUUUCGUCGACUCUACUUCUCUCCAUUAUCUCACAUUCCCGGACCAGCACGUUUCGCUCUCACGAAACUAUUCAUUGCCAAUGAAUUUCGACUCGGCCGUACAUCUUAUACUAUUGAAGCUCUUCAUAAACAAUAUAAAAGUGAUGUUGUCAGAAUAGGUCCUAACGAGGUUUCCAUCAUUAAUGCAGAUGCGGUGACCGAGGUAUUUUCGGGGAAAUACCCAAGAGGUACAUUUUAUGAGAUUGGAGCUAUCAAUGGAGAGGUCAAUUUAAAUACGACCAGAGACUAUGGAAAACACACUUCUUGGAGAAGAAUCUGGGAAAAAGGCUUCUCAAGCAGUGCUGUCAAGGAGUAUAAUACGAGGGUAGAAAUCCAUGUGGAUAAAAUGAUACAGAUAUUGCUCAAAGCAGACAGGAAAGAGGUGAAUGUUUCAAAGGCAAUGGACGACCUUACUUUCGAUAUCAUGGCAGAUUUGAGUUUCUCAAAACAUGCUGGCCUACAAGAUGGUACAGGAGACAACUCAUAUAUGUCAUAUGUUCAUAAGUAUAUGUCAUUCGCUGUCAUUAUUGCAUCCCUACGAAAUCUAGCACAGCUUCUUACGUACAUGCCCGAAACCUCCGAUGUUCGAAUGUUCCGCGAGAGAGGCGAAAGAAUGCUUAUGGAACGACAAGAACACGGUUCAACCUAUCGAGAUAUCUUUUCCUACUUAUUAUCCGCAGAUCCAUAUGGUGGUGAGAAGUUUACUCAAAAAGAGUUGAACUCUAAUGCCAAUUUAAUCAUCAUAGCUGGGUCAGAUACUACAUCUUCAACAUUGACACAGGCGUUGAGAGCGCUUGCGAAGGAGCCACGAAUACUUUCCAAACUUCAAAGAGAAAUUGAUGACCUAUGCUCGGCCACGGGCAAAUACAAGGAAAUAACUAUUGAUUCCAUCAGGAAUCUAGAAUAUCUGAAUGCGGUAGUUGACGAAGUUCUACGAUUAUAUAAUCCCAUUCCAUCUGGCCCUCAUGCAACGACUUAUCCACAAGGUAUCGAGGUUGGAGGUGUACAAAUUCCUGGAAAUGUACAAGUCGAGAUGUCGCAUUUGGUACUCAUGACAGAUGAGCGAUAUUUUCCACAAGGGAAAAGUUUUAUUCCGGAACGAUGGACACGUGAAAGACCUGAGUUGGUGAGAGAUAGGAGGGCGUAUAUACCCUUUGGUUAUGGUGUUCAUUCAUGCGUAGGCAAAACCCUGGCGCUCCAUGAACUACGCUUGGUCAUUGCGCGCAUAGUCCGUACAUUUGAUAUCCAGUUUGGUCACUCGCAUGAUGAUGUAAUAUUUGAACGCGAAUGGAAGGAUUAUAUGGCUGUUGAGGUUGGAAAUUUAUGGAUACGAUUUCUGGCGCGAAGGCUUGAAGAUAUCGCAGCGUGA